UAAAUCAACUUCAUACUUAUCAUGGGAACAAUGCACAAUUGGAGCUUAUGGAUCAUGACAACAAUAAAACAUUGUGUAAAGACAAAGCUCUAGUGGUACAAGGUAAAAAUUUAGAACCUAUGGAUCAAUAUCCUAGAAGACGAAAGAGGCCAGAAAGUCCAUAUGAUUAUUUCCCUAAACACUUCAGAGAGGAUGACAGACUACACAGUCGAGUUUCAUACUAUGAACGUACAUCUCACAGAUUCACUAGUAGGGAUUAUUAUGCUGAUUUUUUAGAAGAACCAUACGACAGAUUUGAUAGAUACAGGAGCAAUUAUUUUGUUCCUGACCAUGAUUUUGAUGCAUAUCCUCCAAGACUAUAUGAUAGAGAAAGGCAUUAUAGUCAAUAUAAUGAAGACAUGGGUGACAUGCCAAACUAUUUAGAUAUUCCUUCUCGGCUGCAUCCACAAUUACCCCCUUACAAACAUGUGCCUCAUCAUCAUCAUUGGGAUUUUCCUUUUGAAGAGUUAGAUUUGCAGUAUCAACAUGAUAGAAGGUCAUUAUCACCAUCAUAUAUCAAACAUUGGCCUGAAAAUGAUUGGGAACAAAGGAGACCAAAUACAGAUGCUAGAAUGCUAAACUACAGAAAAUAUCCAAAGAUUGCUGCCCAGCAGACACAGCAGGGUUCUCAUCCUCCAAAUCUGCAGCACAGACCAGGCUUGCUGAAAUUAGAGGGUCACAGAUGGGAGUGGAAUGCUACAAGUAAUAUUCCCCCACUUUGUGAUUUUGAUGCAUUGAAAUCCAGAGGAAAGCAGAAUCCACAGAUAUUGAAUCAAAACAUCCAAUCAAACAAAGCUCAUGGAAGUCAACAGCAGAAGAAAGAAGUAUUCUUAAAGAGUAGAAGUCCAUCUUCAAAAGCAAUAACAACAGCAACUGUUCUGAGUGAAGAUUCAAGUAAAGUAACUUUUGCUAAGCACCUCCAUAAGUUCAUUACAAAAUUAAAGAAAUUUCCAGAGAAAGAGAACUCCAUUCAAACUUAUGAAAAUUGUUUAAUGUCAUGCCAUUUACCUCUUAAGACUUUCUAUGUAGUCACAGAUGUCAUACAGCAGAACAAAACAUAUUUCUCUGGAGUCCUCUAUAUUAAUGAUCUGUUCAUCACUAGAACCAGCAGUGCUAACAAGAAAUCUCUAAAACAUAGUGUUUAUGAAAGUGCUGUAGAUUUGUUAAAAACUAAGACUGUUAAUGAACUUUUGGCUCAAAUGGAUCCUGGUGUUGAUAAAGGUCAAGGUCUGGAUCCUUUUGGUGGAAACUAUGAGACCCAGGAAACACUACAAAAUAAGUUAAGCAAACUUCAAGAAUACAUCAAGAAAAGCUCUUCAGAAAACCAGCCUUUCACUACAGUCAAUCUGGCCUUUACAGAGUCGAGAUGUGGUCUGCGACUUAACUUUGACUAUGAAGCUAUUCAGACAGAGAGAGGGGUGCAUAUGUAUACUAAAGCUAUAUUGUUUAUUGAAGAUCAACCUUUUGUUGAUGCCAUUGCUCUGACAAGAAAAGAAGCAAAAUCCAGAGCUUGUCAAAAAGCUAUCACAAUUUUCUGUGAAAGUGAGAUUGAAACCAUUGUUAAAAAGCAUUUUAUAAGCCAAGUUCCCACUGAUGAUAUUCCCAAGGAAAUACAAGAACUCAUUAAGAAACACAGAGAAAAGAAUGCACUUUUGAAACAGUCUUUAAUUCCUACUGAACAAGAGUAUGGAGAUUUGCUUGAUAAGAUGAUCAAUGACCUUAAUUCUCCAGUCAAGAAAAAAGUCAAUGCUGUUAUGACCAUUGAUAAGAAUUGCCUUCAACUGAAGAUAAAACUUCUUACUGUGUAUAAAAUGAUUCAUUUACCAGAGGAAUCAGUUGCUGUGACCUGUGACCUUUACAUAGUGGAUCGUUUUAUAGCACAAGGGACAGGACCAAACAGAAAAAUUGCUCAAAUGAAUGCUUACAACAAAGGGGCUGAAAUCCUUCAAAACUGUACAGGACUUGAAGUACUGACCAAUUUCCCCAAGUUUGAUGAGUCAGAGUUGAAAAAACCUGAUGUUAUUGAUAUUGUAUACAAAGGCUACAGUAAAAUGUACGAGUCCAAUCUUUGUAGAUUAAAUAGAUUGAAGCAGUUACCAGAAGGUAAAAGAAAACGUUCAGAUCUUGUGCUCAUUGAACAUGAAGAAUGGAGCCUAGACAGACAGAAACAUUCACAUUGUAUAUUAAAUCAGAGUGCUACACAAUGUGGAUGUUUAUUAGAGUGGAUUUCAGAACCAGAAAAUGGUUGUUUUAGGUGUACCAUUAAAUUGCAAGGUGAAGAAAUCUCUAGUUGUUUAGCUAAACAAAGGAAAGUUGCUGUUUCAUUAGCAUCAUCCAAAGCCUUAUUUCAACUGUUUGAAAGUCAGCCAUUGGUUCAUCGCUCUCGUGCUCAAUUUGCUUCCCAAUGGUGUAGUAGAAAUGAACUUGUCCUCUUAGCCAGUAGCUUCACUGAUGGUGAAGUCAACAUUUUGCUAGAGGCAACAGAGAUUGAUCUAAACAUAGCCAAAGCCAUAGAGACAAAGCUAGAUGGUCUGUUUAAUAUUUCCACCCUAGAAGAAUUUAUAACAGCUCCUGAUUGGCUUCCAGCUGAAAAGAAAUAUUUACGCAACAUAUGUAACAUUAAAGGUCUGAGAGUUCUUGCAGAAAUCUAUUGUGAGGAGACAGUGUUUGUUGUUAGUCAAAAGUAUGAUCUUUUACAGAUUGUUGAAAUUCUCAAGUAUCAGCCCAUCAAGACUCAUGGGAGAUAUAGUCUUGUUCCAGAUGAAGAGAAGCCAUCUUACAAUGAUAUAGCUGGAGAACUAGCUGCCAAUGAUUCUCUGAUCAAAGAAUUUGUUGGUGCCAGUAACCUUGAGCCAGCCCCAGAUGCCACUGAGGAAGACAGUGACCCACAAGAAGAAAUAACUCUAGAUUCUGAUAGCGAGCCAUUCAUCACAGCCAAUACAGUAUUUGUUGACAACUCAUCUGUGACUGCUGAAACUGUGAAGACUGCUGAUACACCAAUCAACCUUGCUGAAAUCCCAUUACCAAAAUCUACAUCCACACCUUCAAGGCCAACUUGUAAUUUGGAGAAAUAUAAUCAGUACCAGAAACAAGAAGUAUUCAAACCAGAUUUGAAACCAGUGUCAAUGAACCAGUUACCAGCUUAUAGGGAAAUUAAUGUAGGUAGCAACGAGCAUGUUUACAAGUCUGAAUCUUUGGAGCAUGAUUUCAAGUCAGAACCUUUGGAGCAUGUUUACAAGUCAGAACCCUUGGGGACUGAAAGUAGCACAUAUUUCAGCUAUGCUCAGACAGCUAAACCUUUCAACACAUUCCAGCCAAAUGCUACCAGCUAUAUUUCUCCACAGUCAUUUGUUCCAAUUGGUUCACAUUACAAUGUUGAUGUAGAGGCUGGACGUAUGCAAUCAGAGGAUAGUAAAGACUGGUGUUACAGAUUGAAGAACACUGUGGUUAAGAACACUCUAGCUCAUUGGCAAACUGGCUAUCCACACCUAUAUGAUAUAUCAAGUUCAGGGAACCAGCAGCCAGCUAGUGGUGUUCAGGCUACAUACACAACAUACAGUGAGAUAUAACCACUGUGUUAAAUAUCACUUUUUAGUCUCAUAUAUUUAUUAUUAAAUUACAAUUUUAUUUUUGUAUGUAAAGGAUUUGAAAAUGUGUGGUGUAAUUUUUUUUAAAAAAUCAUAAUCAUUUUAUUUUUCUCUCUCUUUGGGUAUUUGUCUGUGACAAAACUGCAUAAUAUUUUUGGUCAACAUUAAAAUUGCAAAAAAAAAUAAAUGUAUAUAUAUUGUUUAAAAUUAUAUAAAGCUCAUUUUAAGUCAUUUGGUUUAAAAAAAAAAGCAUAAUUUAUUCAACCUUAACGUAAGUCAUGUAUUUAUUUAGAGUUGUUUUUUUUUAACUUUGUAUUUGAUUGUUAAUGAAAUCUAUUUAUCUUUCGUUAAUUAUUGAAAAUUCAUUUUAAAGUUGUUGAUUUUAUAUCAGAUUAUUUUUUUUGUUUGUCUAUACCAUAGAAUGGUGUAAUAGUAUGUACUAUAUGCCAUUGAUUGGUGUGUUGAUCAGAUAGAACCAUGCCAUGGAUUGGUGUGUUGAUCAGAUAGAACCAUGCCAUGGAUUGGUGUGUUGAUCAGAUAGAACCAUGCCAUGGAUUGGUGUGUUGAUCAGAUAGAACCAUGCCAUGGAUUGGUGUGUUGAUCAGAUAGAACCAUGCCAUGGAUUGGUGUGUUGAUCAGAUAGAACCAUGCCAUGGAUUGGUGUGUUGAUCAGAUAGAACCAUGCCAUGGAUUGGUGUGUUGAUCAGAUAGAACCAUGCCAUGGAUUGGUGUUGGUAGAGUAGUACUAUGCCAUGGAUUGAAAUAUUUGUCAUUUACCAUCAUAUUAUUGAAAGAUGCAUUAUAUACCUGUUUGUCCUUCAUUUAACUUAUUGGGUUUAUU